GCGGGGAGCGGGGCGUGGCUAUGCGGAAGCGAUCCUGGCUGGGCGUGGCCCGUGUGAGGGGGCUCCGGGUACGAGUCAGGCCUGUCGGGGAGAGGAAAGAUGGCGGCGGCCGGGGGUUCCGUGUUGAACCAAGUGGCGGAGGCUCUUGGGGCUUCGGAGCCGGCGCUGAAACUCAUUCUGUCCAUAUUCCUUGGAUACCCCUUGGCUUUAUUCCAGAGAUAUUUUCUGUAUAAGAAGGAGCCGUCCCACAUCCACCUGUUUAACACAGUCACCGGACUCGGCAUCGCCUAUUUCAACUUCGGAUCUCAGCUGUACCAUUCGCUGCUAUGUGUCGUACUGAAUUUCCUCAUUCUGAGGCUCAUGGGAAGGACCAUAACUGCUGUAUUAACAAGCUUCUGCUUCCAAAUGGGCUACCUACUUUGCGGGUAUUACUACACAGCCACAGAAAAUUAUGACAUCAAGUGGACAAUGCCUCAAUGUGUUCUUACCCUCAAACUCAUAGGGCUCACCUUUGACUAUUACGAUGGUGGCAAAGAGCAGGAGUCACUUACAGAGGAGCAGAAGCGCUUUGCAGUGCCUGGUGUCCCUUCGCUCAUUGAAGUCUGUGGCUUUUCCUAUUAUUACGGCGGGUUCUUAGUGGGGCCUCAGUUUUCUAUGUGCAGCUAUCUGAAGCUGGUGAGAGGAGAGCUGACUGAUGUCCCCGGACAGAGACCAAACAGCAUCGGGCCUGCCAUGAAUCGUCUCUGCCUUGGACUCUUUUCCCUGGUCAUCUACACAGUGUUUGGACCCCACCUGCCUGAUAGCUACUUCCUAACCGACGAGUUUGCGAAUCAGCCAUUCUGGUAUCGCUGUGCUUACAUUCCCAUCUGGGGCAAGGUCAUACUAUAUAAGUAUGUCACAUGUUGGCUGGUGACGGAAGGGGUGUGUAUUCUGUCGGGCCUGGGGUACAAUGGAAAAGAUGAUACAGGGAGGGCCCAAUGGGACGCCUGUGCCAACAUGAAGGUGUGGCAAUUUGAGACAACCCCCCUAUUCACAGGAACAAUUUCCAGCUUCAACAUCAACACCAACGCUUGGGUGGCAAGAUACAUCUUCAAGCGCCUCCGUUUCCUGGGCAAUAAAGCAAUUUCUCAAGCCGCUGCUCUGUUCUUCCUGGCCAUCUGGCAUGGGCUACACUCUGGCUACUUCAUCUGCUUCUCCCUCGAGUUUCUAAUUGUUAUAGUGGAGAGACAGGCAGUGGAGCUGAUAAGGGAUAGCCCCCUGCUCUCACACAUCUGCUCCAUACCUCUACUGCGCCCUGUCAUAUAUGUGCUCCAGCAGUGUAUCCAUUGGCUCUUCAUGGGGUACCCACUGAUUCCGUUCUGCCUUUUUACCUGGGACAAGUGGCUCAAGGUCUACAUGUCGGUCUAUUUCAUAGGCCACGUGUUCUUUCUAUUGUUGCUCUUUGCACUGCCUUAUCUGCGCAGAGUCCUGGUGCCACGGAAGGACAAGCAGAAAUCUCAGUGAUGAUUGUACACCACUCCUUGCCCAUUGGAGACGCUGGUCACACAACUGCUCUUUGUUAAGGGCGGCUCAAUCCAUGCUGGAUGGGGUUGAAUAAGGUUGACUUGAGGGAAGGGCAUUAACACUGCCAGGGAUGCUGAAAAAUGCUAUAAUUAGUUAUUUUUUAAUUACAAAAUGAUUAUCAGCACUGGUAACCCUGUGGGGGGAAAACAGAAUCCCCCCCAUUUUAUAGACUUUUCUACCUUCUGCAGAACUUUCCUGGACACUCUACUUGAACUUUUUAGACUUUUGAAGACCCCUUAUUGCCGACAGCAGAGUGUAAGUGCCCCACCAACGCUGGAGCUUGCACUCGUUCAUCAUCAUCAGAUUAUUGUCUGUUCCCGGCCUCAUUUCAAAGUGCAGCUAUAACAGAGGAGGGUUUAUAUGAUCUAUUUUUCCUAUACUAAUGAGUAGCCUUGAUACAUCACUGGGAGGCGUCUCGGGUCAUGGACAACAUGAUUAAUGUGGGAAUUAAUGUACCAAUGGAAGCGGCUCUUGUGUAUCCAUAACAACACAUCUUCCAAUCAGAGCACCCCUGGAUUGUGUUGCUGAAUAGCGCUCUCUGAUUGGAUUAUGUUGUUAUGCGAUAGCUGAGCCUCUCCACAGCUGAAUCCUGCCUUUUAUAGAUCCAAAAGCACCAGAGUUGCAAUAAAGCACUCGGCCAAGUAAACCCUCCUUUGCCACAUGUUUAAUGGGAUCCUGACAGCAAUGAAUCAAACCAGAGUGCAUGGUGUGUGUGUGUAAAUGCACAAAUGCAGUUCAUUAUAUGUACUGUAUAUAUACACAGAUGUGUAAUACCACUGCAGAUGUUAUUGUUUUUUAAUGAAUUAAUUAAAAAAAAAAAAA